GCUUGGAAACGUUGGAGGUGAGCGUCAGGAAGCGCUUGAGCGAAGGUUCCAAGCGCGCCAACGGAGUGAUGCUCCGCCAGGUGGCCUUGCUGCUGAGGCAGCGUCUGGAGGCCUCACCUGGACUGCACGGGCCUCGUUUGGGCAGGGGCCGUCUGCUGGAGUGUACUCAGCGCCUGCAAGAAUGGGCGCUAUCGGAUGACAGUACAAGGCAACAAGCGUUCUGUGAAAACCAAACUGAGGCGCAGUGUUUGGUGGCGCCGCGCAGAAAUGAAAAGAGGAGUGAAUGGGAGUGCCAUCAGGCGGACUGCUCGGCACUAGCUUGUGAUGAACCAGGAGGCAUUGAUGGUGGUACAUCUCAGAACAAUCAAUGCCAGGUCAGGUUGUCAGGAUGGGCUUUGGUGAACCACAGGAGAUGCUCCGCAGGCGCAGCGCGCGGUGGAAAUCAGCAGAUUGCUUUGCCAUUCAGCGCGCUUCAGUUCAACAGCCACCACGCUUGGCUGCCGGGAUAUGACUCAUUUGCUCUGCAUGGUCACAAGUCGUACAGUGGCGCCGGGGGCCCCCUCACAAGUACCGCCCACUCCAAGCUGCAGCAACCCCUCCCAACCCCCCCCAAUGGAUCAGUUGGUCCCAUAGCUGCCCUUGCUCCUUCCCACCCCGCUUCACAAAACUCUUCCACCACCCCCAUCGAGGACCCCCCAGUGUCAGGAACAGCUCCCAAACGCCCGCUGCUCAAGUCCGGAGUGCUCGAUGGCCCCCCCACCGCAGUCUCUCACUGGCUGCAGCGGAUCUGUCCUCCGCGCAUCUGGCCUUACGUGCAGCUUGGGCGGUACGACAAACCGAUUGGGACAUGGCUUCUCGCAUGGCCUUGCUUUUGGUCUAUUGCGCUGGCGGCUCCCCCAGGCGCGCUCCCAGACCCAGUGCUAUUGGCGUGGUUUGGAGCAGGGGCGAUCGUGAUGAGGGGGGCGGGGUGCACGGUCAACGACAUGUGGGACCAGGACAUCGAUUCUAAGGUCUUUCGAACCCAGGACCGUCCCAUUGCGUCCAAGCGCGUCUCUCCCCGCAAGGCCUUCCUCUUCCUGGCGGCCCAGUCGACCGUCGGCCUGGGCGUGCUCCUCCAACUGAACGACUUCAGCAAAGUGCUGGGCGCCUCUUCGCUCUUCCUGGUGGCCACCUAUCCCCUUAUGAAGCGCAUCACCUCAUGGCCCCAAGCCUACCUUGGGCUGACAUUCAACUGGGGCGCGCUGCUCGGUUGGUCGGCCGUGAAAGGCAGUCUCUUCCUUCCCGCCGUCGGGCCCCUCUACGCUGCUGGCAUCUGCUGGACGCUGGUGUACGACACCAUCUACGCUCACCAGGAUAAAGAGGACGACAAGCUCGUUGGUGUCAAGUCCACGGCCCUGCGCUUUGGGACAGCCACGCCGCAGUGGCUCGCUGGAUUUGGCGCCGCUACGUUGGCGGGGCUGGCGGCGUCGGGGGCUGCGCGCGAAGUUUGUGUCGAACAAGUGGUUCGGGGCCAUCGUCUUUGCAAGCAUCGUGGCGGGAAAGCUGGGGGCAGGUUGAAUGACGCCACCAGCAAGGCACUAGCGCUCUCACAUCAUCAACAGCAGAUCAGCACUCUUCGAGCGAACUUGGGAAUAACGCAUGUGGCUGGCUCCUUCGUUAUAUCGCGAGUACCUGGGAUUCGCCGUGACCUGCGAGGCCUGAGAGGUACCGCUCACCCAUUCAACCAGUGGCGAGAAGCUUCCAGCCAUAGAGUCAGUCGCUCAAACAAUGAUGAACAGGACCUGGAUCUGAAGCUGUUCUGA